UUUUGAUUCCCUUUUAUUGGUCUGAUGGAUUCUCUUAUAGGGGGAGAUGAUGAUGAUGGCGUAUUUGACGAUAAUCUUGACACAGAUGCCAUUGACAACCUUUUAUCGAAAACUCCAGUGAAUCAAUCAUCAGUGACAGUUUCUGGUCCGCCACCACCACAAAGAAAUCUUUAUGGAGAAAUUGUUGCCACCCCUUCUGAUUAUAUAGACAUCAGAGAAGAGCUUGCAAGACAACCCAAGACAUUCCCUCCUACCCACCACUUCAUAGACUAUGACAGUCUAGACACUUAUCUCUACCCAACAAACUUUGAAGUGAGAGAUUAUCAAUACAAUAUUGUAAGGAAUGCAUUCUAUAAUAAUAUACUUGUGGCACUCCCCACUGGGUUGGGGAAGACGUUCAUUGCAUCCACCGUGAUGCUCAACUUCCAUCGAUGGUUCCCCGAGUCCAAGAUCAUUUUCAUGGCUCCAACAAGACCAUUGGUGGCACAACAGAUCCAAGCGUGUUGUAGAGACACCGGGAUCCCCGCGUCACAUGUAGCCACAUUAUUAGAUAAAACUAAGCGGAAUAGAGCAGAGAUUUGGGAUUCCAAAUCUAUAUUUUUUACCACCCCUCAAGUGGUUGAAAAUGAUUUAACUGCCGGUUUGGUAGAUCCCAAACUGAUUGUAUUACUUGUUGUUGAUGAAGCACAUCGAGCCAAGGGUAACUACGCAUACAAUAACGUGGUCAAAUUCCUUGAUAGGUUCACUAAUUCAUAUAGAAUUCUUACCUUGACUGCCACACCUGCGUCAGAUGUGGAAGGAGUACAAGAAAUUAUUGAUAAUUUAUCUAUAUCUAAAGUUGAAGUAAGGACGGAAAAUAGUAUUGAUACUUCUAAAUAUUUGAAACGGAAAGUAAUUGAGAGGAUUACAGUGACUAAUACAGUGGAAAUUGAAGAUAUUAUUGAAUUACUUUCGGUGGCAAUAGCUCCUGUAUUGAAACAAGCCAAUGAACGGAAAAUAUAUGACAUCACUGAUCCGCUGAAAAUCAAUGCCUUUAAGGCCAUGGAAGCAUCACAAAGAAUGAUUCGGAACCCAAGUAUCCCCGAGGGACUUAAGUGGCUGAAUUAUUUUCUACUUCAACUACUCAAUGUAGUAGGGCAAGCCUUACGAAGACUUGUAGUUUAUGGGAUAAGGUCCUUUUAUAGUUAUUUUAAUGAUAAAUUCAAAGAAUUUACCACCAAAUUUAACAAUAAAAAGUCCAAAAACCAAACUGCAGCAUCGUUUUUCUUCCAUGAUAAUAUCAAGCAACUUCUUGAUAUUUGUGAAACUUGGCUAGUGGAUAAAAAAUUCUUGGGACAUUCUAAACUUGAACUGGUUUUAUUUGAACUUGAUGGGUUCUUCCAACAAGCACGAGAAGAUUCUGGGGUCAUCAUAUUCACCGAAUUCCGUGAAUCUGCAUUGGAAAUAGUCAGAGCAUUGGAAAAUUCAGGUAAUGAUAAAUUUAGACCACAUAUUUUCAUUGGACAAGCAAAGGAAAAGGAGAAAUUUGAUGAGGUGAAGUUUUUAAGUAAGGGGAAAAAGGGGAAAAAGAAAAAGAAGAAUGAUAAAGAAGAGGCAGAAGUGGAAGAAGAAGUGGAAGGAAAUAUAAGAACUAGUUCUGAAGAUGCUCAAGCAAAGGGAAUGAAUCAAAAAAUGCAAAAGGAAUUAAUUCAAAAAUUCAAACGAGGAGAAUACAAUAUUUUGGUGGCUACAUCCAUUGGAGAAGAAGGUUUGGACAUUGGAGAAGUUGAUUUGAUUGUAUGUUAUGAUUCCACUGGGUCACCAAUCAAAAAUAUACAAAGAAUGGGUAGAACUGGACGUAAACGAGAUGGGAAGGUUCUAUUAUUGUUUGCAAGCAAUGAAGAGUCCAAAUUUGACAAGGCCAUGGGUGGUUAUGAAUAUAUUCAACAACAUAUCAUGAAUAAUAAACUUAUACAACUUUCACAAAGUGAUCGAAUAAUCCCUAAACAAUAUACCCCGAUAGUGAAACGAGUAUUUAUAGAAAUCCCCGAGGAAAAUAAACCACUCACCACGGUGGAUGAUGAAGAUGAAAUUAUUCGACUUGCCACUCAAUAUAUGAAGAAUAUUGGGCCCAAAAGUAAGAAUAAGAGUAAGAAAAAGGCCGCUACAAAGCCUCAAGCGGGACAACUGAAGUUAGAAAAGAGAUUCUUUAUGCCCGACAAUGUAGAGACUGGGUUUACCAAGGCUGCAAAUUUGGUGAGAAAUCCAAAUACAUCCAUUUCUUCUGAUAAGGAUAUUUUAGAUUCUAUAUGUGAAAGUGAAGAUGAUUCGGAAGAUAAUGAGAAGGAGGAAGUAUAUCUGGAUCGGAACCUAGAUGGGAACGUUCAUACUACCCCACCAUCUUCUGUGGGGAGACUGGUUAAUACGAAAUCUCAUGAGAUUUUAGACGAUGAGAAUAAUGUUGAGAAUUUGAGUCCUUCAGUGACUAAGAAAUAUGCACCAGUACCGACUAAACGACCAGUAUCAGAGAUGGUCAAACCAGUUAGGAAAACACUUGGAUUGAAAAGGGCAAGACCUAAUAUCAUCGAACAGGUCAAAGAACAAGCAUCUCGUAUAAUCAAACCACAAACAACCAAUGAGUAUAUUUCACUUAUUGAUGAUGAAGAAGAGGCAAAUGUUGAGAAAGAGACAAAGGUUGAAGAAAAAGAUACAAUAAUAGAAAGGAGAAAUGAAGUCUCCUCGAAUUUUAAAAAUAUAAAUAUUGAAGAUGUCACGUUUUCGGAAGAAGAAGAUGUAUUUGAUGAUGGCUUGGAUGAAGAGUUGGUGAUGUUAGGAGGACGAGGUACGUCUAGUACUCCUGGUCCAGAAGAAGAAGAAAAAGAAGAAAAAGAAAGACUAAUCAGUAGCACACCAGAAGAACAUAGUAGCACCCCACAAGCCAUAGAUGAGGUAUUCAAAUCCGAGUUUGAGCCACAUGAAGGUUUUUUAAAUGAAGAAGAACAAAUACAGCUCUACACAAGACAUUACACAACAGUCUCAGAUAUGAGCACGUACUACGACCCCAUUAUGGGGGCGAAAAAUGGAGUGAUUGGGAAAAUAGGACAUAGUACAACGGGCCAGAAUUUUGUUGAUUUAACAUCAAAAAUGGCGAAAAUGACUAAAAAGGAAGCAACAGAAAUAUUAAAUCGGUAUAAGAAUUCAUAGAUAGACUUAAUUGAAAGGAUAAAGUGA